AAUUGCUAUAGAACGUUUUACAUAGUGUUAUUGGAUUACACUAUUUUGUCAAUAACCGGUGUAAUAGUAGCUGCAUGCAAGACCACCUUGCCCUUCGAAACUUCUUUCCACAGUAACUACUUGAAAUUUUACGCAAUUACCCAUUACAACGCUUGAUACUGAAGUACUGUCGUCAGGGUUAGCGCUGGCUUUCUCUCGACGAAGAAGCGCAAGCGGAGCCUGCCACGGCUUCAGGAAUGGAGGAUGGGGCCAGGCUCUAGCCUAAGGGUCAAAAUAUUGCCAACAGGAACGUGACCUCAGAUGACUGGUCUUCCUUCUGUUCACCGGGGGCCAUGUGUGCUUAUCAGCACAAAUGGUGCCGUUAUAGUGCCGAGCACUCCAGGCACUCCCCCGCAUCCCUGGACACCGCCGGAUGGCGGAGACCCGCAUCUGGUUCCCAUACCCGUGCUCGUCCCCGUGUCGGGUCUGGUUCCGAUGCAAAUGCCCGCGGGGGCGGCGGGCGGGGGCCCUCAGGCGGCCGGACUCGCCUGGGGCCCGGGCCUUGUGCUGGUGCCGGGUUUGCCGCCGCCGCCGCUUCCCGCGGCGCUCGCACACCCCCACCAUCACCACCACCACCAUCACCACCACCAUCAGCAGCAACAGCACCACCACCACCAACAGUUGAUGUUAUUUGCGUCCUCCGAAGGGUUUCUGCCUCGCCACUUGCGAGAGCGACCGCCCCCGGGAAGCAGCGGCGGAGGUGGAGGCGGCGGCGGCGGUGGCGGCGGCCUUCGGAGCUCCUCUCCUCCCACUCCGGGGCGCAUGGUGACACAGGAUGCCUUCGUGAGCCGCCCCAACACCAGCGCCUCCGCUGCAUCCCUGGAGCGCCGCCGCCUCUUCACGGGCUCAAGCCAGGAGCUGCUCAAGCCGGUCGCCGUCAUUGCAGCGGCGGCAGCGGCGGCGGCGGCGGCGACUGCGGGCCCAUCGCCCUCCGCCAAUGCGGCGGCCGCCUCCGCCGCAGCGGCACUCGCCUCCCCAGUCGCCUCCGCCGUCGCAGCGCUGCCGUCGCCGCCCUGGUCAGCUCCCUCGGCGACGUCCUCACUCCCCGGCACGCCCAACAGCGGCGGCGACAGGGCCCAUCGCAGCCGCACGCCGGGGAUGUGGUCGGGAGGGCGACCGUCGCUCGCAUUGGGUCGUAGCGGCGGCGGCGGCGGUGGCGCCGCCGCCGCCACUUCCCUUCCCUCGCCGUACCGUUCCCUGGAGCGAUUGGUCGCACUGGACAUGGAGGAAGUGCUGUUGCGCUCCACGGGAAGCGGCGGCGGCGGCGGGGGCUCCCCGAAAGCGCCGGUGCCCACACUGACCCCUGGGUCACUCGACGGCAUGGGGCACCCCGUGCUUGUUUCCGCGGACGGCGCGCGCAUCCUGCGACGCAUUAACGACCACACACCGCACCACGCGGCGGAGCGAAUGAGUGCGCAGCCGCUGCGGCUGGGCCAGCUGGGGCUGUGGCCUAGCGCCAGCGGCGGCGGCGGAAUGGGCGGGGAGCUAGGGGGUGACGGAGGAGCGGAGGGGCAGGAGGGAGGCGAGGGCUACAGCGGCAGCGAUGAUGGGGGGUACGGCGGGCAACACAGCGGUGGCGGCGGCGUGGCGGGAUCGCGAGGGCAGUCCCGCGGCGGCGGCGGCGGGAGUCCGCAGCGGCGAAUGCGCUCUUGGUCGUCGCCGUCGCGGCGGCGACGGAGCACACGCGACGACCCAGAUGGCGGCGGCGGCGGCGGGUUGGCGACGGAGUCGAGUAGGGCCAGCAGGGCCAACGGCGACAUGCGCAGCGGCGGCGGCGGCAGCAGGAGUCGCGGCGGCGGCGGCACCUCGCCGCAGCCUCCGCUGCUGGACUUGCCGCCGCAGGGGCGGGAAAUGUCGCCGUCGCGGGGGGGUGGCGGCGGCGGCGCGUUUGGUAACGGCUUCCCGGAUGAUGACGAGGGCCCACCUAAGUGGCUAGGCGCCUACCAUCCCAGGGAGGACCCCCUAGGCCUGUGGACCGGCAAGCGCAUGAGCAAGACGGAGGUGGUGGUGGAGAAGCGCCUCUUCGCCAUGCGACACAACCCGGGCAUGCGGUUGGAGCUGCAGAGCCGGGCGGCGGAGGCGCUGCGGCUGCGGGCGGCGGCGCAAGCGGAGAUGGCGGCUGUGGCCAGAGCGAGGGAGGAGGAGGCGCGGGCACGCAAGGCGCAGAUGCAAGCGCUUCUGGAGGCCCGACGGCGCGGCCUGGGUCCGCGCGACCCGAAUGACCCACGGGUCGCUGGCGGCGCCCUCCGGGGCCUCACUCGGGAGGCGCGACGGGCGCUGGAGCGGCAGCUGCUGGCGGAGGCUGAUGCGGAGCCGCGGGGGCCGCUGAGCCGCGAGGAGGCGGCCACCGUCAUUCAGGCCACAUGGAGGAUGUACCGGGAACGCAAGGCCUUCCUCACACUCCGCGCCCACGUAAUUCGCAUCCAGCGGGCGGCGCGGCUGCGCUACUGCGUGGUGCGCACCAACCGCCGCCGCGCCGCCGCCGCUGAGCUGCUGCUGGGCUUCUUGAGUGCGGUCGCGGGCAGCCGGCAGGCCACUGCGGCCAUGGACCUUCGUGAGCUGCACUCCAAUUAUCUCCGGCGGCGGCUGCUUGACAAGAAGGCCGAUUUGCGGCACCAGGCGGCGGUGGCAGUCGUCAUCCGCGAGUGGGACGCGGUGGAGGCGCGCAUACUGGCGGGAAUCAACGGGUCCGUGUCAGCAGUCGUCGGCUCAGGCGCGACGGCGGCAGGCGCGUCCGGCUCGCCGUCAGCGGCGUCAGCGGCGGCGCCACCUCCUCACUCGCUGCGGGGGUCAUCGCCGUCGCGCACCGUCGGCGGCGUCCGAUGGCGGCGACUGGGACGUAGCGGCGCAGCGGCCGCCGCUAGGGCCGCUGCCGCCGCCGCCAGCGGCGGCAGCAGUGGCGGCGGCGCCGGCGCCGGCGGCAGCAGCGGCGGGGGCGACCGGGAGUUGCUGGCGGCGGUUGCCGGGGAGGUUCACAGCACCGCAUCUCACGGCACGAGGCUGCUGGGUCGGGCGCUGGAGGCGCGGAAGAAGGGCGUGAUGCUUCUGGGCGGAGGCAAGGACCUGAACAAGCAGCUCACGGUGGACUGGGCGCUGUGUCACAGCUUGCCGGGGGACAGGGUGGUGCAGGCCAGCCGGGAGGCGGUGCCCGCGGAGGUGAAGGCGGCGGUGGCGGCGUGCUUCCUGGAGCAUAAGGCGGCGGCGUUCACGGCAGUCAUUGGGCGGGUGUGGAAGCGCCGUGCCCGGUGGUUGUCCACCUUCUCUCAGCACCGCAACAUGGCGAUGGCCAAGUCGGUGGUGGCGACUGGCAGCGCGUGGCAGACCUUGGACACGCUGGCUCGGGAGGCGACUGAGGAGCAGCUGGGUCCGCUGCCGCCGCUGCCCCGCAUGCGCUGUUCCGCCACUCUGCGAGAGCUUCGCGCGCUCAUGCAGACGGGCGUGCAGGAGGCGGAGCUGUUCACCGCAUACAUGCUGAAGGGCGGGAUCUACGAGCUGGAGCGGAAGCUGCAUAGCGAGAUGCUUCUGCGGACCUCCUUCGGCCACAUGCUAGACCGGGCGCGCCAGGCAGCCGCGGGCGCAACACCCGCAACACCCACCACUUCAGAUGACCCACGGGUCACCAGCUCUUCCCACGGCGCCCACCACCGAGCCGCUGCCUCUCGCGGCCAGCAGCAGCAGCAGCAGCAGCAACGUCACAGCCACAACGGCGGCGGCAACCCUCGCACACACGGCGGCUCUGGAACCGCACCCGCACCAACAUCCGCAUCCACACCAACCGGAGGUGCCGCUCACCAUGGCUCCCCCGCCGCCUCCGCCUGCACCCCCUCCGCCCGCCGCGGCAGUCACCCGGGCGACACCUCACCACACCGCCAGCAGCAGCAGCAGCAGCAGCACCACCAGGGGGGCCCGCAUCCCACCCACAGCAGUAGCAGCGGAGCAGGCGGCGGGCAUGCAAGCAACGACAUGACAGCAGCAGCGGCGGCAGCAGCAGCAUCUGCAGGUUUGAAGAGCGACGGCCGCCGCCGUACGGCCUCUCGAGUGCGCAUCGACGCCGCCGCGGCGGCGGCGGCCGCCGCCGCCGACGCCUCGGGUUCCGACGCGGAGGCCGCCGCCGCCUCGCUCGCCUCGCGGUCUCGACUGUUCGCCGGGCAUGCGAGCGCCAAGAUGGGAGUAGCGCAGCUGAAGGAGCGCUGGUGGCGUGAUGCGGUGGUGCGGGUGGAGGCAUGUAUGCGGCGACGCUACAAGCAGAACGGCGUGUCGCUGGUGGAUGGGUUGGAGGACCCCUCGGCGCCCAAUGUUGAGUACUUUGCGUUGAAGCUGGCGGAGAUCAAUGGCAAUCCGGAGCGGGUUGAGGUGCUGCUGGCGGCGUUGCCGGGGGGGUGUGCGACGGAGGGGGUUGCGUUUGUGAGCCCGCGAGUGACGAUGCAGGGGUAUGGCGGGAGCUGAGGAGGGAGGUGGGAGGUGGCUAUGGCGCUCGUACACUUUGAGCGUGUAUGAAUGAAUGAAUGGAUGAGGAACUGGGGAAGUAGGAAGCUUGGGUUACCGGUAUAGUAGCAAGGGACCUAGCUGGAGUAGAGUGCGCGGUACGUAACAUGCGUGUGUGUGCUGUCGAUGCAUGUGACAUGCUCUCUGCGUUGUUGCGCAAAGGGUCUUCGGAUUGUGCAAUAUGUGACAAGGUCGUUUGUUUUGCCGCAUGGACAGGAGGCGUAUGGUUGCAUUAAUAUGCAUACGGCCGGUUGCACACGUGUUUCUCACUGCGAUGUGAGUGAUGCGGCGGCUGUAACGCAUAACGUUGCACACGUUGCGACCCGGUGGGCUGUACGGCUACUUGGCUUUACUGUACGAAUAAGUACAGGACUGAUUGAUCAAUCGCUGACUGGCAUGGUUCUGGACGGAUGUGCCUCCAUGGAUUUGCUGAUCUUUGCAGACCGCAAGGGGAACGAACAGGCGCGGUUUCUAUGCGCACGUCGGGUUUGGACCGUGUGGCUACCUGGUUCAGGGCCGGUUUGCUGACUGGACAACUGCUGCGAUGGUCGUUUGUGACAUGUAGGACUGUGUUUCAGUGCAUGGGCUCACCUGAACUGGUCCUACACAGACGGAAACACCGUUUGUAUUUGGGGGAAAGAUGUUUGGGAGGGCGAGG